AUGAAGUACAUUGGUGUGAUAGAUGAAGGAACAAGUACAGUGAGAUUCAUUUUAUUCGAUGCAGUGACAAGAAAAGAAGUUAAUUCACAUGAAAUUGAUAUAAAAACAUACACACCGAAAGAAGGAUGGGUUGAACAAGAUCCAUUAGAAAUUUUAGGUGCUGUUAAAUUAUGUAUAACAGCAGUACUUAAAUUUGUUAAUAAAGAUGAUAUCGCUACAAUCGGUAUCACUAAUCAAAGGGAAACCACAGUUUUAUGGGAUUGUUCAACCGGUUUACCUAUUUAUAAUGCAAUCGUAUGGUCCGAUAUUAGAACGGAUGGUAUUGUUGAUCAAGUAUUGGCAAAAUUACCAGAUAAUAGCAAGAAUUAUCUAAAGCCCAUAUGUGGUCUUCCAGUCAAUCCAUAUUUCAGUGCAUUUAAAAUUCAAUGGCUUAUUGAUAAUGUACCACUUGUGAAAAAAGCUGUGAAGGAAAAAAAAUGCUUGUUUGGAACAAUCGAUACUUGGUUGCUAUGGAAUUUAACUGGAGGACCUGUCGGUGGAAUUCAUGCCACGGAUGUAACAAAUGCAUCUCGUACAAUGUUAAUGAAUUUGGAUACGCUUAAUUGGGAUCCAAUUUUGCUUAAAUACUUUAAAAUUCCAAGUAGAAUGCUCCCUGAUAUUCGAAGUUCAUCCGAAAUUUAUGGGUACAUAAAAGAAAAACUACUCGAAGGUAUUCCUGUAUCAGGGAUUUUAGGUAAUCAACAAGCUGCUCUUGUUGGUUUGAAUUGUUUAAAAAGAGGAAUGACAAAAAAUACUUAUCGGAGUGGUUGUUUCUUAUUAUGCAAUACUGGUUUUCAAAGAGUUAAUUCUAAUCACGGUUUGGUAACGACCGUGGCAUAUAAAAUGGGAAAAUCCAGUCCACCUGUGUAUGCUCUUGAAGGAUCUGUUGCAGUUGCUGGAACAGCUAUUAAAUGGCUGAGAGAUAAAUUAAACUUGUUGAAAAAUUAUGAAGAAACUGAAACAUUAGCAGAAGAAGUUAUGACAACUGGAGAUGUUUAUUUUGUACCAGCUUUUAAAGGACUUUUCGCUCCCUACUGGAGAAAAGAUGCGAGAGGAAUAUUGUGUGGAUUAACACAUUUUACAACAAAGGGACACAUUAUUCGUGCCACAUUAGAAGCUGUUUGCUUUCAAACAAGAGAUGUUUUGGAAGCCAUGGCAAAAGAUUGCGGUUACUCUCCGACUUAUCUUCGAGCAGAUGGUAUAUUGACUAAAAAUAAUUUAUUAAUGCAACUUCAAGCUGAUUUAACUGGUAUUCCUGUAGUUUGUCCAAAAAUUACAAAUUCAUCUGCUUUGGGUGUAGCUGUGGCUGCUGCUCAAGCGGAAGGUAUAGAAAUUUGGAAAUUUGAUGAUAAUGAAGAAAAGGAAAAUUUUUCAAAAAUUAAUUUUGUUACAUUUUCACCCGCUACCACAGAAGAAGAAAGAAAUUCAAGACAUGAAAAAUGGUUAAUGGCAGUUAAAAGAAGUAUGGGAUGGGCAAUUCCUAAGAAAAAAACAUUCAUGACAGAAAAAAGAUACAGACUACUUUGUUCGAUUCCUCCGAGUUGGUACUUUAUAAUAAGUUUUGCUCUUCUUACAUUAUCAACUAUCAGAUCUCCAUUGAAAAGAAGUUGA